UUCCUCCUCCUUUCAGAGACACAACAAAAGCCAUGGCGCCAGCCGCAACACUCGAUGUGCAUCCUCCGAACGGACCCCCAACUGCAGAGCCCUCCGCGGGUCAACCGAAGUCUCAGAAGACUAUGACCAAGGCCGAGCGACGUGAAUUACAGGAGAAACAACGCGCAGCCAAAGCUGCCAAAACCGCAGUGAACGGAGUCAACGGCAAGACGCCUGGAAAGCCCAAGGACCAGGCUGCACCCACGGGAGGAGCGGCGAAACGCGCCCCAGAGGCUCAACUCAAACCCACUGCACCUGCUGCCGUACGAGCUGCUGAAAAGGCGAAAGCUGGUCAAGCUUCUACUAUGACAGAUCCAAUGGGCAAGAACCAGGCCCGUGGCCUCCUCAUCUUCUCGCAUUUCGGCCUUCCGAAGCCCGUGAACGCCGCGAAAGGAGACAUCCAUCCCGCCAUAGCCCGGCUCGCUUUACAAUUCUCUACCUUCAAGAUCACUGGAGCGAAUGCGCGCUGCAUAGCUACCUUGACCGCGUUCAAGACGAUCAUCCAAGACUACGUUACGCCACCCAACCACACACUCUCCCGCCAUCUCAUGACGUAUCUUUCACCCCAAAUCAACCACUUGGUCGCUGCACGGCCUAUGUCGGUCACCAUGGGUAAUGCUAUCCGUCAGCUCAAGCUAGACAUUAGCGGAACGGACUUCGAUCUCCCUGAGCAAGACGCCAAGGACGCGCUCUGCAGGCAAAUCGAUACGUAUAUCCACGAGCGGAUUAUUAUUGCAGACCAGGUCAUCCAAGAGACGGCGGGCAACAAGAUCAAGGACGGAGACGUAAUCCUCACAUAUGCUCGGUCAUCUGUCGUGGAGAAGGUGUUGCUCGAGGCGCAUGCGUCCGGCCGCAAAUUCUCCGCCAUUGUCGUUGACUCAAGACCGAUGCUUGAGGGCAAGCGGCUUGUAGCCAUCCUCUCUGAAGCAGGCAUUCAGUGCACCUAUCUCCUACUUCCUGCUCUUGGCUCUGUCAUGAGCGAGGUGUCUACCGUCUUCAUUGGCGCUCAUUCCAUCCACUCCAACGGCGCGGUAUACUCGCGCGCUGGUACGGCACUCGUCGCGAUGAUGGCGAAGCGGCACUCCGUUCCCGUUGUCGUGUGUUGCGAGACGUACAAGUUUUCGGAAACCAUCCAGUUGGACAGUUUCACGAAGAACGAGCUCGCCCCACUCGGAGAUCUCUUCUCGUCCUUCCCCAACAACAAGCCCCGAGAGUCCCUGACGCUCGAGAACCAGCCGAACCUCGAGAUCCUGAACCCUCUCUAUGACCUCACACCACCGACGUGCGUAACUGCUGUCGUCACCGAGGUCGGCGUCAUUCCCCCGAAUUCGAUCAGCUCGAUACCCGUCGCUCUCGGCCGGUUACUGUGAACGCUACUUGGCCUCCGGAAUCCUUGCUCGUCGUGUUGCUUUCGUAUUCGCCUCCUCGUCAGUCGACCUCGUAUGCAUCUCGCUCACAUUACAUCGCAUCUGCAUCUGUGUUCCGCACAUCCUUCCCGGUGAAUUAUUCCAUACGACUUACCCCAUGCUCCCCCG